CUCAAACUGUGGUAACUGCAAACGUAAGCAGAGGAACUCAGAGUUGACAGGAAAUUAGCGAGCCAAGGCCGACGUGACGAAGGAGGGAAGAAAGGCGGCAGACCAAAUUGCGCAAGCCUCGUCAUCACUUUUCCCGAGAUUCCUUAUUUCCUUCCCUAACUUCUCUCUCUCUUAGUAUUAAUCUGAUUGAUUUUCGAUUCCUCUGUUAAUAUCCUUUGCAUUUAUUCUGAGAGAGAAUUGUUUUUUGAAAAUGGUGGCCGAUCAAAAGGGAAAAUCCGAUAUCUCCUUGGCCGGAACCUUCGCCAGCAGCGCCUUCGCUGCUUGCUUCGCUGAGAUAUGCACCAUUCCUUUGGACACUGCUAAAGUUAGGCUCCAGCUUCAGAAGAAAGCUGUUGGUGGAGAUGCUGCAGCUUUACCAAAAUACAGGGGUUUGUUAGGUACAGUUGGUACUAUUGCUAGGGAAGAAGGUUUGGCAGCUCUCUGGAAAGGUGUUAUACCCGGAUUACAUCGUCAGUGUCUUUUUGGUGGUUUGAGAAUUGGGAUGUAUGAGCCUGUUAAGAAUUUUUAUGUGGGAAAAGACCAUGUCGGAGAUGUUCCUUUGACGAAGAAAAUACUUGCUGCCCUUACAACUGGUGCUCUAGGAAUUACAGUGGCAAAUCCAACUGAUCUUGUGAAAGUUAGACUUCAGGCUGAAGGGAGAUUACCCCCUGGUGUACCUAGGCGCUAUUCUGGUGCACUUAAUGCUUACUCCACUAUUGCUAGACAGGAAGGAGUUGCAGCUCUUUGGACCGGGCUUGGACCCAAUAUAGCACGGAAUGCUAUUAUAAAUGCUGCUGAACUUGCUAGCUAUGAUCAAGUAAAGCAGACGAUUUUGAAAAUCCCUGGAUUCACUGAUAAUGUUGUCACUCAUCUCUUCGCUGGUCUUGGGGCAGGAUUUUUUGCCGUCUGUAUUGGUUCUCCUGUUGAUGUGGUUAAGUCAAGAAUGAUGGGAGAUUCAACUUACAAGAACACACUUGAUUGUUUCAUCAAAACUUUUAAAAAUGAUGGGCCUUUGGCUUUUUAUAAGGGUUUCAUCCCCAAUUUUGGACGGCUAGGAUCUUGGAACGUGAUCAUGUUUCUGACAUUAGAACAGGCUAAGAAAUUUGUCCGAAAUCUAGAAUCAUCCUGAGCUUAAAAGAGACGAUUCAUCCCACAGAGCAAGGCUUUCCAGUGGGACUGUCAUUGAAGUUUUACAGAGAAUAAUAGAAAUUUGUCUAAUUCCCCUAAAUAUUUAUGUCAUUUUGCUAAUCGAGACGAGUUCUUCCAGGGGAAUCUUAUGAUGUUUCACAGAACUCAGAAACUUUGCAAUAAUUUUUAUGGUCAUUCUUAGGACUGCAUUAUCAUUUGUCAUCCCAUUGAUAUAUUGAAAUUUGGAAUUUGCCAAUCACAAUUUCUUUGCCUUGGUUGCU